CUACUUUGUGCAGAGUUUGAGAAAAUGUCUUCAGAAAAGACAGGAAGUGUAGUAGGGAGUGAGGUGGAGCCUCUGGACUAUGGGAGCAUGGACUCAGAGAGUAGUCCGUCUCCCUCUAGUUCAGAGAAGACGGUUGAAGGGGUAGAUAACAUACCCUUCACCGUAGUAGAAGUAGAAGGUAAUGGGGAGAGAGGUUAUGAUAGGAAUGCAGAGAUAGUGGAGGAAGUGAAGCAGUACCGAUCUGAACUAAGGACCAGGGAGGACUUGUGUCACUUAGUAGAAACGUACGAGAUCUCUUCUCGGGUACUAGUUAGGCCAGCUGGAGUAGAGGAGAGGGCAUGUUCUGCUCCUCGGGAUCAUUGGAUGCCCAUAUACUCCCAUUAUUUAUAUGCUGGGCUUAAGUUUCCAAUUCCCGAGUUGCUAAUAGGUUUACUGUUAGAUUACAACAUAGGGUUGACACAGUUGGUCCCCAACGCAAUGAGGGGGGGUAGCAGGAGAGAUAAGGGGUGGUAUUAUUUCACCCCAAGGGUAGCUAAUAAGAAGGGUAGGAUUUUAUUCACGGCAGGUCCUUCAUCCAUUAAGGGAUGGAAGGAAAAAUUCUUUUUCGUGGAUGACACGGAAUGGGGGAAAGGGGAUGCCAAGGUGAGGGCGUUAGCCUCCUGGAAGGCCAAAAGGGCCAACCAGAAUAAGUUUAGCUUAAAUGAGGAUGAGGAGGAAGAGGUGGGGAGGUUGGUGAGGAAGAGAGGGGAUGUACUGAAUAUUAUGGACCUCACCAGCGCAGCAUGCAUAGAGGCUGCUGAGCUCUAUGGGCCAAGCGCUCUGAGUGAAGGGAAGGCCAUCCCCAAGAAGCCAAGGAAGAAGUCACAGACUUCAGCCAAACGAGUGGAUGAGGGGAGGGUUGGGAAGGAGGUGGUACCCUUAGCAUCAGCUGAGACGGAGGAGGAGGUGCCAGCACUGAAGAGGAAGGGUUGGGAGGAGAGGAGGGCGCUGCAGAAGAAGCAAAAGGUGGUGGAGGAAGAGGGGAGUGGGGUGCCUGAGUUCGUACCUCAGCCUCCUCUUGUUGAGCUGGAUCCCAAGCUCAGACAGUUGGAGGAGGGGGCUGAGGUACGGGCUCCUGGUAAGGGGAAGGGCCCUAUUUCCCUUGCGGUGCCUCAGAGCAGCCUGUUCGAGGCAAAGAACAUGAUGGGGGCUAGGUGGUUCAUCAACAGCACCUUCCCCGAGGUGGACAAGCGCCAUGCGCAAGAGGAAGCUCUGAGGUACGGGGGAGCAUCUGUUGUGAAGCACGUCCUUGAGGUGAAUGGUCUAGCCCAGGAGUUCAGGGAUGGUGUCAAGGAGCGUGCACUCUUGCAGAGGCAGUGUGACCAGCUGCAGAAGGAGAAGGAAGAACUGGAGAAGAAAAACAAAGAUCUGCAAGAGUCGCUGGACGAGGUGGUUCCAACUGUGAAGCAGUUGGAACAGGAGAGGUCGUCCUUGGGCACCAAGCUCGGCUUUGAAGAGACGAAGCGAAAGAUCUCUGAAAGCGAGCGUGAGGCUCUGGCACAAGAAUUAAAGCUGACAAAGGAGGCCUUCUUGGAGCUGAAGGGGAAUGUGCAGACCUUGGUGCACAAUGGGAUGAAGGAGCACAUCAGCAACUUCAUCAGCUCCAGCUCGUUUGACAACAUCGUCAACCUAUACCGGCUGCCUACUGCCAUCAUCGCGUUUACGGACUGCAGGAAGAAGGUGAAGGCAGAAUAUCCCAAAGUGGAUAUUACGAAGAUCACCUUUGGAGAGCAAGAAGAAGGAGUGGAGGAAGAUGGGGAGAGCAUGUCAGCAGACUUCCGUCCUCAAAUUAAAUUGAGGUGGGAGGAUGAUGCAAACGGACGUGCUGUUUUCCCUCCACAGUUCGACUUCGAGUUCGUGGCAGUGGAGGAAGAAGGGGCAGAGGUAGAAGUGGACGAUGUGGAGGCAAGAGUGGAGGGAGCUGAAGUGGAUGAGAAUCAACCAAUUCCAGAAGUGGAGAUUCAUUCAAUUCCCUCUGACGAUGAAUAGCCUCUUCUG